UCACGGCGUCACAACCUUUGAGAGUACCCCAAGGACAAGGCAAUUUUUUAGCACUCGUACUGAAACAGGAACAGUAACUUCUGACAUCUGUUGAUGAAAUUAGAACUAACUAUGAAAGGGUCAUGAAGACGACUGUCGGCUGGGAUGUUGCAGAGAAACUUAUUGUAGAGGCCUGACUGCUUGGCUACCCUGACUGAGGUUUUCCGUGCUUUUUUUUUCAGUUAUAAACUCAUUUAAGCCACUGCUCGGCUAUCAUAUAGACCAAUUUAGAAAUUACUGUGAAGGUGAAAGCGCGGAACAUAAAGUAUGAAUGGGAUUCAAAGCAGUAACUUAUGGAAUAUACAACACCGUUCUUGCCCCAUUCCGCAGUGCUCCACGCCCAAGUCACCAGCACAGCAAGGCAGACAAUCUCCACUGACCGGUCGUUCCCACGUGAAAAAGCAGCAAGACAGUGACUCACCCCCUUUCCAAGGCCCCGUGAAAGUGUGUAUCAUUGAGAUAACCUGCUUACCAGUUUACGAAAUUUCUCUAAUCACUAAUGUUGGUGAGGAUGGCGAGUUGUGCAGACAGGAUGCCCUCUUAAAAGUCGACCAGAUGGGAGUGCGCCGUCAGCUUCACGCUCCGCCUUCUUCAUCCACGUGGAUAGGCGUCAGAAUACCAUUUCUGGUUGCUCAGCUGGCCAGGGGAAGUGUAUCGACAAGGGAUCGAACGCGUCUCCUACCAGAAUAGAUGCACUUCGUUUCGUAACGAGGAUAUAAAAUAUAUCACGCAUGUCAAGGUAAUUUUAUGUGGUGUCUGUUUUGCGUAAUAAAUAAUU